AUGGCUCCUGUUGACGAGACAUUCUCGCAGCUGCAGGGCUUCGUCGCAAGGAGCGCGGCGGAGCUCAGCCAGGGAGUGGAGCGCGGCUGGCACGGCGCCGUGGCUCGCUUCGACGCUGCUCGUCGCAACCCCGUGCCGUUCCCCCUACCCCUCGCCUCCAUCGCGGGAGUCGACCGGAGAGGUCAGGCCGCUGACGGGCAGGCUGGUGGAUUUCGGCUGCCCGAUCCGCUUAGAGCUCUGCAGACCGUUAUCAGCGGCGGGAGACCCAAAGAGGUUGUUUUAGAGCCUAAGGCACCCAGACGGCGUAGAGUUCCUGCCGCUGAUGGGAAUAACGAAGGAUUAGUUCUGGUGUCUAAUAAAGCGUACGACGGUGACGGGUCGGCGACGGACGCGCGACGGAAUCAGCUGCCGACGAUUCGAACGUCUCUGUCGCGCGCGAUGGAAGCGACGUACGCAGGCAGGCUGCGCGUGAGUGGGGCGGAGGCUGACGUGGACAGCGAGAGAGGCAGGGGAAGGCGCGAGGGAGGCGCGGUGCUGGCUGGGAGUGCGCUCAAGGCACGCGACGGACGGAGAUUCGAGGAGUUGGAUUACAUCAACGAUGACAACUACGACGAAGAUGAUGACGGCGCCCUCGCGGCCCUCCUGCGGCCCCCUCCGCCCUCCCCUCUCGCCGCCGACGGCUCUUCCCUUUCCUCUGCUGCUGCUGCUGCCGCUGCUAGUAGUGCUAGUAGUGCUGGUGGUGCUCGUGCUGGUGCGGUUGUGGUGAGCAGCCCGGGUGGGCGACGGCAGGCGGGGCAGCAGAGGCAGCAGCAGGCGGGCGGGGUGAGGAUGGGCGCGGACGGCGCGGAGGAGUGGGCGGGUCCUGCUCCGGACUUCCUCAAGAAGGCAGCACAGGAGGCGGGCCCAGCGACCAAGGAGGAGCUGGGGCGCGCCACGUGGACGUUUCUGCACACGCUGGCGGCUCAGUUUCCAGAGAAGCCAAGCAAGCAGCAACAGAAGGACGCCAGGGAAUUCGUGACUCUCCUUGCCCGCGUCUACCCCUGCAAAAUCUGUUCCUACCACUUUCAAAAGAUAGUCAAGGCCAACCCUCCCCAGGCAGGUUCAAGGGGGGAGCUGGAGCAGUACAUGUGCCGCCUGCACAACAUCGUCAACCGCAGGUACCUGCGCUGA